AAAAAAAAAAAUUUAACGACUACUAUUUUUGUCCCCUUUUCGUUUAAAAAACAAGUUGUAUCCCUUUCAUAAUUAACGUGUCACUUUAUGUAAUUAUGAAUACACUUCAAUACUUGUGUAUAUAUAAUGGGCUAUUGCUUGCAAUACUGGAUGCCAUAAACAGAACAAAAGUCAGAAACAAAAGAGAGACAGCAUGAAUUGGAACAAGUCAAAGUGUCUUAAAAUUUGCCAAAGUAAUUUGCUAGAUUAUGUUCUAUUUAUCAAGAUUAAGAGGGAAUUAUCAUCCGUCAAUAAUCAUUCUUUUUUGUUGUUCUUGACAAAUUUCCUUUGGCGUCCGUCUUCAGCUGUAGAAAUUCAAACCGAUGGAAGUUGUAAGAAGAAGAUUGAUAUGUUAUGGUUAGAAAUAAGGUGUUACGACUGCGUACGAAUAAGGGACAAACUGAAAGACGUGAUUUAUAGCUUAUUAGCUCUAUUCGAUCGUCCUACUUGGGCUACUGUUAUGCUCCGGGACUUGUCUAAAUCUAACCACAAAGUUUGCAGACUCUUCUUUGCAAGAAUAUUUGCAAAUGAUUGGAGGAAACACUUGGUAUUCGUUUCUGAAUUGACCUUCUACACCUGCAAGUUAUCUUCAUCGGCAUCUUGUGAUCUUGAAGCAAAACACAAGAACUCUACAAAUGGAUCGGAUAAUAAGUCUCCAAGCACUAAUUUGUUGCUUCACCCAAUAGAGAUACAACAUAAUAAAAGUAUAACACUGAACAUCAAUAAUGGAGCUGAUCAAAAGAAGAAAUGCCAAAAUACUUCUGUAAACAAAGGCAAGGAAGUAAAUUUUCUUAAACGUAAACGAGGGAAAGAAGAGAAAAAAGUGAGUUUAGAAGACAUAAAUUCCUAUAUUUCUCGAAGUUUCACUCUUAUUGAAGCUGCAGAAUGCCUUAAAGUGAGCAGGUCUACCUUGAAGCGUAAGUGUAGGCAAUUAGGAAUUUCUCAAUGGCAACCAAACAAUAGAAUAAAACGUUUUCGACGUACUUCACAAAGUAAAAAGGUUUCCGAAAUUUCUUCUAAACUUGAAGUUGCAAGCCUAAAAUCAAUCUCUUCAGCACUAGAUGACGAUGUUGUUAAUCAGUGCAUGCAAGCUCCAUGUACAAGUAAAACGGAGCCAAAAUUUCCAUCUCAAUCAAAAAAAGUAAUCCUUGAUUCAAUCUCUCUAAGGCCGGAUGAUGUAAGUCAAAACAAAAGUGUUUAUGGUACUCAAAGUGAUGAAGGAUUAUUAUCAAGACUUAAAGCUGCAACCCUGAACUCAAUUGUUUCAAUGAAAGAUUUAAGCCAAUACAUGACAAAGUAUGAUACUCACAAGAGUGAAAAGGUAGCUCAAUUUGGUUCUUCAUCGCGAGAUGUCAAACAAUACAAAUGUUUAAAUCAGAAUUUAAGUGAUCAUAGAUCAUUAGUACUCUUUCCAAUUACACACUCUCAUGCAUGUAAUAGGACUACAUCAGACACAAAUAAAGGAAAUACAAUAACAAAUGACAAAUUGGUUGAAUCCAAUGAAGAGAUUUUCGUGCAUAGUUCGGCUAUAGGCCAAUAUUCAAGCGUCUUCUCUCCACCACUAAAACAAGCUCGUGUGCAAGAUGGAAUGACAUCACUCAUAAAGGCCACAUACAAAGAUGAUAUGGUAAGAUUUCAUUUUUCCUUCAAAGAAAAUAUUACGGGGCUUAAGAAAGAAGUGGCACGAAGACUAAAUUUAAAGUUGGGAACCUUUAAAAUGAAGUAUUUGGAUGAUGAAGAUGAGUGGACUUUACUUGCAUCUGAUUUAGACUGGCAGGAAUUUAUAUACAUUUCAAGAUCAUCAAGAAAAAAUGCAGUUCGACUAUUGGUCCAAGAUAUUCAAAGAGAGGAGGAAGACAAAGGUGACCUUGAGAUUACAUUAUUGAAGUUAUGAAAUAUAUAUUCAAUUAUUGGUUUUCAUGCAUGGUUCCAUUCAUGAACUUUAUUGUUCUUUAUACAAAUUUAUGAAUAAUUUAUUAUUUCAUGCAAAUGAAAGAUAUUUUCCAAGUUUUCUUUAAACCAGAUAUACAUAGUAUUAUUAUGGAAAAUUUGUUAGAAAGGAAGAUAUAUGUUCACUUAUUUGUGAGGAAGAACCUUCUUCUAUGUUCAAAGUGGUGAGGAAGGAAAGUCAUUUUUCUUGUGAUUAAGGGGGAAUCUAGUUAUAUACUUUAUUUCUCUGGCUGUAGCCUAACACGUGUGCGCAUGUGACUUUAAAAAUUGUCCUCCGAUCCCUUAAUAUUUUCCCACGUGUUCCCUCCUUUCUCUAUUUUAUC